AUGGCGGCAAAAGGUACUCAAGUUCAGGGGAAAGUGAAGGGCGAAAGCUCUGGUAAAAGUCGGGAGCCAUGUCCAUGGAUGUGUAAUCUGAUACCAACCAACCUGCCCAGCCCUAGAGCGGCACAAGCAGUGUUACAUCCAAGGAAAGAUGUCUUUGUUCUCAAAGUAGCAAAAAUUGGGCCAAACGGUGACAGACGUUGCAAAAUGGAGCUGGAACUGGUAACACCGAAGGGUCCCGAAAAGAAGGCUCCCGGCCGCGUGGAUACGAGAGAAGCUCAGUGCGACCCAGAACCUUCACCGUGCUGUUGUUCCAGAGCUAAGAAGAAGAAGAAGUAG